AUGAAGAUAUAUCUCGCGGGUCCCGACGUAUUUCUCCCCAACGCUCAUGCCCGUGGCGCAGAACUCAAAGCCCUGUGCAUCGCUCAUGGCGCCGUUGGCCUCUUUCCUCUGGACAACGAACUCACGGAUCAUGUAGCAGGCAGCAUAUCCCACGCCCAUGCCAUCCGCGCUGCAAAUAUGGAGCUUAUCGGGCGAAGUGACGCCAUCUUGGCGAAUAUGACCCCCUUCCGGGGCCCUUCAAUGGAUGUCGGUACGGCAUAUGAGAUGGGAGCUGGCGCCGCGUUAGGGAAAGUCGUUGUGGGCUAUACGCUCGAUGGGGGAAAAUCGUAUCCUGAAAAGGUAAAGAAGUGGGCAGGGGACGACGCUUUGGAGAGGGGGAAGGAUGGUAUGUUAAGGGAGGAUAAAGGAGCGGGGAUGUUUGUUGAAGAGUUUUGUGAUGAUGACGUAGGGCUGGUGGACAAUCUCAUGAUGAGUUGUGGGAUUGAGAAACUUUGCUUUUCAGAGGAAGAUGCGAUUAAGGCUAUAGUUGAGGUUUUGAGGGGGCGGAAGGCAGAUAAUGUUGCGGGGACAGGGGGUGAGAGCGUGAAAAGAGGCGGGAGUGGAGCAUAA